CCUCGAUCGUAAUGUCCUGCUUUGCUUUCUCAUUCUUUUUCACGAGCGUCAGAAGGAAUACUUGCAUUUACGCUACAAUGAACGUCCGCUCUAAAAUUUAUCAUGAUUGAUGAUUUACUUCCUCUAGGCGGGCGUCAUUCUAGGUCCUUCAGUUCUCGGGCGCAUCUCGACGUUUGCGUCUAGUGUAUUUCCAGCUAAAGGAAAAGGUGUCUUUGACACGUUCGCGCUGUUCGGUCUCAUGCUCUUCAUCUUCCUGAUCGGUGUUAAGACUGAUCCUUCCAUCGUGCUGAAAUCAGGUAAAAGGACAUUAGCCAUUGGAUUGAUAGGCUUCUUUCUUCCAUACGCAUUGAGUGGCUUCACAGCAUUCAUGCUCCACCAGUUCCUGAGUUUGGAUUACGACGUAGCCAAGGUGCUUCCUUCACUGGUAGCUAUGCAGUCCAUGACGGCCUUUCCAGUUAUUGCUUGCUUUCUUGCCGAGCUCAAGAUAAUCAACUCAGAAAUUGGACGCCUAGCAUCCGCAUCUUCAUUAAUCUGCGAUGUUUGUCAUUGGUCUGUUAUGACGGUCAAGUACGUGGUGUACUUAGCUACCACAAAAUCAUUGAGAACCUCUUUUGGAUCCUUCUUCUCAAUGGUGCUGCUCACGAUUUUCAUCGUGUUUGGAAUUCGUCCAGCUGCUCUGUGGGCAAUCCAACGCACUCCAGAAGGCAAACCUGUGAAUGAGAGAUAUAUUACUGCAGCUGUUGUAGCCCUUCUAUCUUGUGGGUUCAUUGCAGAAGCAAUUGGCUUUAGUGCCUUUUUGGCAUCCUUUCUUCUGGGUCUGGUUAUACCAGAUGGACCACCCUUGGGAGCUACAUUGGUGGAGAGGCUCGACUGUUUUGUUUCAAUGCUGCUAAUGCCCACGUUUUUCACCACAAGUGGACUAAAAAUGGAUGUCUUUGCCAUAAAAUCUCUAAAGAAUGUCGGCAUCAUUCAGUUAACUGUUCUUGUCGGUUUUGUUGGCAAGCUUGUAGGGACAACAUUGCCCCCACUCUUCUUGAGGAUACCAAUUAGAGACGCUCUGUCUCUCGGUCUUAUAAUGAAUUCAAAAGGCAUUGUAGAACUUGCUAUGUUGAAUCAUUGGAGGAUGACCAACGUCAUGAAUGAAGAAUGCUUCGCCAUUUCAAUGAUCUCUGUGGUGGUUGUAACAGGAGUUAUCACGCCCAUUGUUAAGCUUCUAUAUGAUCCUUCAAGGAGAUUUGUCGCCUACAAGAGGAGGACUAUACUCCAUAACAGGCAUAAUGAAGAAUUGCACAUUCUAGCCUGUAUCCACAAUGAAGAGAACAUUCAAGCGACACUGAGCCUCCUCAAUGCCUCGAACCCCACGAAGGAGAGCCCAAUCAAUUUAUGUGUCCUCCACCUUGUCAAGCUUGUUGGUCGUGCUUCAUCUCUUCUGACUGCUCACCCGCCACGUGAGAAGGCCUGCAAUAGCGCUUCUGAGUCUGAGCGCAUCUUCGGCAUAUUCAGGAAUUUCGAGCAAAAAAAUCAAGGCAGUCUAAUGCUGCAUUGCUACAAGGGAGUUUCGCCCUAUUCGACAAUGCACAACGAUGUGUGUUCCCUAGCUUUAGAGAAGAGGAUCACCCUGAUAAUCAUCCCUUUCCAUAAGCAGUGGAAGCCUUGGGGAACAGUAGAGAUGAGUCAUGCUUUUCGGGAACUGAACAAAAAUGUACUGGGGAAGGCGCCUUGCUCAGUUGGCAUUUUGAUAGAGCAUAGCAGUAGGAAGAAGUACCAUGCGGAGUCUUCUUAUUACAGAGUUGCCGUGCUCUUCUUUGGGGGUGCGGACGAUAGAGAGGCACUAGCAUAUGCCAGACGAAUGUCGCAACACCCAAGCGUACUACUUACUCUAAUAAGAUUUUCCAGCUCAGCGGAUAUAGUAGAGGGCACGGCGAGGAGCAAAUUGCUUGAUGGUGAUAUCUUGAAGGAUUUCAGGAGCAACGCCCGAAGAUAUGAACGGGUUUCUUACCAAGAGGAGGAGGUCGUGGACGCAUCAGAUGUGAUUCGAGUGUUAAGAUGUAUGGAAAACGGUUACGACCUUGUUCUGGCCGGGAGACGCCAUGGAGAGUCGACGCUGAUGCAAGAAGUAAGGAAGUGCAGCGAGAGAGCAGAUUUGGGAAUGAUUGGGGACGUUCUUGCGACUGCAGAUUUUAGAUGCGGAUCUUUGAUAUUGGUAGUGCAACAGCAAACUAAAGUAUGGGGACUGCGUGACCCUGAAGAGUCUUCCCGGUUGAGAAGAAUAAAAUUGUAGAGUUGGGGAGAGAUAAUAGGCGACGGAGAUGAGAUAGCAGAUGUACAGUAAAUGCAUUUUUCAGAUAAUUUCAAUAGGUCUUUCUUUUUAUUUUUCAACCUGCCAAACACAAUACAUAGAUGAGUCUCCAUCUUCCUAUUUCACUCCAUCCCCACAAUCUUUCGACAAGAACGGCCUCAUGCUAUAAUG